AUGGGUUACACUGAUCUGGACAAGUUGGCUGUCAACACCAUCCGUGUUCUCGCGGUUGAUGCCGUCUCCAAGGCCAACUCGGGUCACCCCGGUGCCCCGAUGGGCAUGGCCCCUGUGGCCCACGUCCUGUUCAACAAGUUCAUGAGCUUCAACCCCCAGAACCCCGACUGGAUCAACCGUGAUCGUUUCGUUCUCUCGAACGGCCACGGCUGCAUGCUGCAGUAUGCUCUGCUCCAUCUGUUUGGCUACAAGCUCACUAUGGACGACCUGAAGAGCUUCCGUCAAGUCGGAAGCAUCACCCCUGGUCACCCCGAGUCCCACGACACCCCCGGUAUCGAGGUCACCACGGGUCCCCUGGGUCAGGGUUUCUCCAACGCCGUCGGUCUGGCCAUCGCGCAGGCCCACACCGCUGCUGUCUACAACAAGCCCGGCUACGAUCUGAUCAACAACUACACCUACACCUUUUUCGGUGAUGGCUGCGCCAUGGAGGGCAUUGCCAGCGAAGCCGCUAGCAUGGCUGGCCACCUGCAGCUGGGCAACCUGAUCGCCAUCUAUGACGACAAUGGCAUUUCUAUUGACGGCGACACCAAGUGCGCCUUCACCGAGGAUGUGAUGAAGCGCUUCGAGGCCUACGGCUGGCAUGUCGAGCACGUGAAGGAUGGUGACCACGACCUCCAGGGCAUCGAGGAUGCUAUCCGCAAGUGCCAGCAGGUCAAGGACAAGCCUUCCGUCAUCAAGCUGACCACCACCAUCGGUUUCGGUUCCAAGCUGCAGGGCACCGGCGGUGCCGAUGACGUUGAGAGCGUGAAGAAGGCCUUUGGCUUCGACCCAUCCCAGAGCUUCGUCGUGCCCCAGCAGGUGUACGACCUGUACCACAAGCACGCCGCCGAGGGUGCCGCCAAGGAGCAGGAGUGGAACCAGCUCUUCGAGAAGUACCAGGCCGAGCACAAGUCUGAGGGUGCCGAUCUGGCUCGCCGCCUGGCCGGCAAGCUGCCCGAGGGCUGGGAGAAGAGCCUCCCCACCUACAAGCCGACCGACCCUGCCAUCGCCUCGCGCAAGCUUUCGGAGGCCGUCCUGGAGAAGAUCCACUCGGUCAUCCCCGAGCUGCUGUCCGGCUCGGCUGAUCUGACUGGCUCCAACAACACCCGCUGGAAGAACGCCGUCGACUUCCAGCCCCCCAACCUGGGCCUUGGCGACUGGUCCGGCCGCUACAUCCGCUACGGUGUGCGGGAGCACGCCAUGGCCGCUGUCAUGAACGGUCUCGCCGCUUACGGCACUAUCAUUCCCGCUGGCGGUACCUUCCUGAACUUCGUGUCGUACGCCGCCGGUGCCGUGCGCCUGUCGGCUCUCUCGCGCGUCCGCACCAUCUACGUCGCCACUCACGACUCCAUCGGUCUGGGUGAGGAUGGCCCAACCCACCAGCCUAUCGAGACUCUGGCUCACUUCCGUGCUCUGCCCAACUGCAUGGUCUGGCGUCCCGCCGACGGCAACGAGACCAGCGCCGCCUAUUACUCUGCUCUGACUGCCAAGCACACUCCCACUAUCCUGGCUCUGACCCGUCAGAACCUGCCCCAGCUGGAGAACUCGACCAUCGAGAACGCCCUGAGGGGUGGUUACGUCGCGGUCGAGACCCCCAACGCGGCCGUGACCAUCAUCUCGACCGGUUCGGAGGUCGGCAUCUGUGUUGACGCCGCCACCUACCUGAAGGAGAAGCACGGCGUCGCUGCCCGCGUGGUUUCCGUUCCUUGCUUCGAGGUGUUCGACGCCCAGGACAAGGCCUACCGCCUGCAGGUGCUGCCGGAUGGCAUUCCCGUGCUGUCGGUCGAGGUGUGCUCGACCAUGGGCUGGGAGCGUUAUGCGCACGAGCAGUUCGGUUUGAACCGCUUCGGUGCCUCCGGUCCGUACAAGGAGGUGUACGCCAAGUUCGAGUUCACACCCGAGGGCAUCAGCAAGCGUGCCAUUGCCACCAUCGACUUCUACAAGGGCGCUACCGUGCGCUCGCCCAUCAACCGGGCCUUCCAGCAGAUCCUGUAA